AUGAGUUAUACAUGUUCUGUGAUUUGCAAUGAUGAAAGUGUAAUGUUUAUGUUCAACAAUGCUCAAAAUUCAAGUGGGUGUAUUGAAUUAUUUGUUGAGUAUUCACCUGUUAGAAGUUCAGAAAUCCCACCAGUUGUUGAUUUUGGUAGUAGAUCAUCUGCGAGGGUUGAACUUUUGAGCUCUGAUUGUGGUAUUGGAUCAUCUGCGAGGGGUGAACAUAUGAACUUUGAUCAUAGUAUGAAUGAGCAGAGAGAUGUUGUAGAUGCUGUUGAUGUUGGUGGUGGAUUGAAUGAUGAGGUAGAUGUAGCAGAUGUUCUUAAUGAGCCAACAACACUAUCUGAUACUGAGCCAGAACCCGAUCUCUGUGAUGGUGAUGGUUCUUCUGAUGAUGGUGAUGGUUCUUCUGAUGAUGAGCUAAUACCAUGUAAACCUGUUGUACAAGGUGAACAACCACUUUCGGAAUACAACACUAGAGGGUUGAAAUUCUUUCGCGAAUUACCAAGUCGUCCUUCUGGAGUAUCUGAUGAUGGUGUUGAUAAUGAACACAUCAAUUUGUAUUGGGAUGAGAAUGAGCCGCAUCGGAUUGUGUUGGGAACAAAAUUUGAUUCGAAGCUUCAUGUGAAGACUGCUAUAACUAUGUGGAGUUUAUGGCAGGAAAAACAGUUUAAGGUCGUCGAGAGCAAAUUAAGAAGGUGGCAUGUCGUAUGCAAAUUUCCAGCAGGAACGACAGCAACAGGUAUAGGCAUCAUCAGCACCACCGACGCUGAAAAAGCGAGGGAAUGUAAGUGGGAGGUUUCAGUUACUCAAAGGGCCCAUGACGAUAUGUGGGAAGUCUUCUCAAUAAUAGCUGAUGUUCAAGAUAGAUUUGGUGUGUCAAUCAGUUACAAGAAGGCAUGGUAUGCAAAGAGAAAGGCUAUAGAGUUUGUAUAUGGUGGAUGGGAGGAAUCAUUUAGGCAGUUGCCAAGCUACAUGUUUGAACUCCAGUCACAGAAUCCGGUUACAAUUGUUGAGUGGAAGCACAACGAGCUGUUGAGUCAGAGACGUACAAAUGUGUUCAACUAUGUUUUCUGGGCAUUUGGGCCUGCAAUACAUGCUUUCCAGAAGGCUGCACCGGUGUUAACAAUAGACGGGACUCACCUCCGAGGAAGAUUUAAAGGUAAGUUGCUUGUUGCUUGUGGUUUUGAUGCUAACAAGACAUGCUUGCCUAUUGCAUAUGUUGUGGUGGAGUUGGUCGUGGUUUUUGGAUCAUGUAAGAACUCAUGUGGUGAAAUACGGGAGGAAGGUGUGCAUUAUAUCAGAUAG